GGCAGCCACGCCCAGAUCGAGACCCUGGUGGCUGGCCAGGCGAAGCCGAAGACGGCCUUGGCCUGGCGCGGAUCCUGCUUCAGCUCCGCCGAGGUCUCGGCCAGCAGCUCCCGCCGGGGCGUGGCCUUCAGCGUGGAGCCGGGCUUCGUGGCCGUCGGGCUCAAGGCGGCGCCGGGGAGGGAGACGGACUCGUACGGCGCGCUGGACUUCGCCUUCUACUGCAUGGAGCACGGCAGGGUCCAGAUCUACGAGGCGGGGGAGAUGAAGUACACCCACCGGGGCAAGUACUCCGAAGACUCCGUGCUGGAGAUACACCUUCGAGCCCAUCCACACAGUGUGGAGUAUCUGAUUGACCGCGACGUGGUGUAUAAGAGCUUGACCACGCCCGCGGAUUCCCUGCACUUCCAGAUAUGUUUCGG